AUGCUGGACGAGGGUGAGCUCGGGGCGGGCAGCACGGAGGAGGAGCCCAAGGAAGUCACAGCAGCAUUGGAGGAAGGGCUGUCGCUUGAUGAGGCUGGGGUGGUGGCGACCAACGCAGCGGAAGAACUUGGGGAUGUAACAGCAGGGACGGAGGAAGCCGGUGAUGAUGGUGAGAGACUGGCGGACGGAUCAGGUGACGACGACGACGACGCUGCUGGCCCAGGACUGAAAGAACUCGGUGCGGCGCUGCUCGAUGGUGGAACAGACGAUGGAGUUGAAGUCGGGACCGAGACAGGGAUAAUAGAGAAUGACAGCACAGGAGAUGAGCUUCCGGGUGAAGGCAGAGGGAUCGCAGAACGCGACGGGAUGACCGCGGAGGAAGUGAUCAGAGCAGAUGACGAGGACGGCGCUGCUGGCCCAGGGCUGAAAGAAAUCGGUGCGUCGCUGCUCGAUGGUGGAACAGACGACGAUGGACUUGAAGUCGGGACGGAGACAGGGAUAAUAGAGAAUGACAACACAGGAGACGAGCUUCCAGGUACGGAAAUGACCGGGGGUGCUGACACGCUGCCCGUGGGUGAGGUUGAAGGUGUUGCACUUGGAGUCUGCACUGGUACGGACGGUGAAGCAACCACUAUGCUGGACGGAAUCGCCGAGGACGACGCCGUGAUCACCGCACUGCUGGAUGGAGUUGGGGUAAAGACCGGCGUCGAGCUGGGCGUGAGUGUGGCUGUCGAGCUGACGGUCACAGUCGAGCAGAUCUCCUGCGCAGGACCCAGGAGCUUGGCGUUGUCGAACUCGACAUAG